AUGCUCACACGGGUACUCAAACUGUCCAAUUGGGGAUGGGAUGACGUUACCAUAGUUGGUGCCUUUGCAGCUACAAUCGGCGUCAUCACAGGCCGUCAGUUGCAAUUACAGGCGGGCAUGGGCCGUGAUAUCUGGACGCUCGCGCCGGAGGAAAUUACAAAUCACCUCAAGAUCUUUUAUGUCUUUGCUUUCAUAUACACCAUUACCAUGACGUUGAUAAGGGCAUCGAUAUGCUUCAUUUACCUGCGGCUGUUCCCGAACAAGAAAUUCCGCCGGAUUGUCUGGGCAACACAGGCCUUCAACGUUGCUCUCAUGAUCACUUUCAUUUUGGCCUACGCCUUCCAGUGUACACCACCAAGUUACUUUUGGAAUAUGUGGCAUGGCGAGUCCCAAGGGAAAUGUCUCAAGUUCAGCAAUCUGUCCUGGACGCAAUCAAUUCUCUUCAUUGCGCUGGACCUCUGGAUGCUGGCAUUGCCGUUUUGGCAAGUCAAGAAGCUAAACCUCCCGCUCAGAAAGAGAUUGGAUGCAUUCGUGAUGUUUGGAUGCGGGAUAUUCUUGACUAUAGUCAGCGUAUUGCGCCUCGAAUGUAUGAUUACUCUGACCAAUGGACACAACCCCACAAAGGACCUGACCUGGCUAGCUACUUGGUCCAAUGUCGAGAUGACAGUGGGUAUCAUAAUUGCCUGCCUUCCAGCCACACGACUCCUCAUGCUCCGCUAUCUACCGAGUAAGAUUGCAGCGUGGCACCAGACGUCGCGCACGGCUCGCUUUAGCCUGACGACGCCGCGGAGCUCGAAGGUUGGGUCCACGGCGACGUGGGUGAGUUGUCACAGCGGGAAGAGGGAGAGCAAUCUGCAGCCGCCCAUGCCAAUGUAUGCCGGCGUAUGCUCUACGCAAGUCUCGGUCACGUCGCCUGGGGUUUUCAAUCCUGCGCAACAUGCAGCAGGAGGCCCCAGUGACACCUCUGAGCUCGAACGGCGGGAGUCAGAACUCCCGCUUGUUGACUCAGCUCCGCCUGUCACGGCCGGGCAGUCAUCGGUGACCGAUGAGCAGGCUCGACAGUCGACCCCAAAAUUGAAGGAGAGGCGUAUUUGGGUGGAGCAGCAUAUCUACGUGUCGAAUGAUCCCGUGACAGGUGGGCCAACGUCUGUACCUCGCGGGGAGGAAGACAUGGCAAGGUUCCCCAGUAUCGAGGAUGCUUGA